ACUAACAAAGUUGCCAGUCUACGCUUGGCGUGCGUAGGAUUCGUUUGUGCGCGCUCGAACCGGGUGUUAGUUGGUGAGGUGCUUUCCACUGUGUGGUUUGUGCGUUGUGAAACCGAAAAUAUUGCAGUGCAGUUCAAAAAGUGCAUGCGUAUGCAUGAGUGUUUUGAUGUUGAGAGUGCAGAUUUAAUCGUAUAAUCGAAUAUCCUUGAGAAAAGUGGCAAAAUAGCAUACCUGGCAACAAACGAAGAGGAUCUCCCCAGCAAAUCUCAUUAUCAACCGAGAGUGCUCCGUGUGUGUAUGUGUGUGUGUGUGUGUUUGCAGUUCCGAGUAGCAGAUAAACUGGCAACGAGUCCAGGGAAAAGGGACGAUCACCGUGCGCCUAACGCUUCCCAUUUUUUUGGGGGUUUGUUUCCUGUUGGAAAGGAAGGAUUAGCUGAACGUGCUUUCCCGCCAUUGCCUGCUCUGUCUACUUGUUCAAGUGUGUCGAAGUGUGUUUGUGUGUGUGUUAGUGUGUGUGUGUGUGUGAUAGUCAAACCUUAGGAGGCGGCGACAGCCACCAUUUUUGGGUAGCGAACACCGGACGGUUGGCUGGCCUUGGUGGAAAAUUGAAAACCUGCAACAACCGUCCAGCGCUCGUAAACACGCAGAGUGAAGCACCUUCUGCCGGGUGUCGGCGUCAUCAUCCGCCCCUCCCGCUUUCCGCACGACGACUUGGAGCCGGGGCAAGUUAAAGCAUCAGCAUCGUUUUGUCGAGGAUUUGUCGUCGAAAUCUGUGCCUUAUCAGGAGGUCUCAUCGUGCGUCGUCUACCCACACGCUGCCUUUGUUUCCAUCGGGAAAGAAUUCCCUCGCCGGGGGACAGAGACACACUCACACACACACACGCGCGGCCGCUAUUGCAGGAAGUAGCUGGCUGCCAUUCAGGAAACGAAACAGCCGGUCGGGCUCUCCCCCGGGAGCAAGGCUCCCCGCAGCACCAAAAGCGGACGAGACCCGGGCAAAGCGAACGAGAAUGUAGGAUGAACAUUCCGGGCACCUUCCUUCCUGUGCCGAGCGGCAGGCCCCAUGUGCUGGCCAUACCACCCAGUGGACGAGGGAAGUAGUGGCAGUAGAAGCAGUAGUAGUUGUAGCAGUGGUGGAGCCUGGCCGCCUGGCAGCCAGUAUGCAGCGUACAGUUCUGGGCCAACCGGUUGCCGGUUGGUGGCCCGGUAGACGCCGGACGCCCGGCCCUACUGCAUCCGGAACAUUCCUCUACAUAAAUAUUCUGCUCGUUUUGCUGCACAAUGCCCUGUUCGUUGGUGGACUGCGCAAAGGCAGACUGGUGCUGCCGGCCGCGUACACCGCCCUCGGAGACGACCUGGACGUGCAGCUGCAUGCCGAUCCGCUCGAGCUGGCCACGGUCGAACGGUUGCGGCUGGAAAUAUCGCGCCACCUGCCGGGCAGUGGAACCGGAACCGUGGCCACCACGCUCGAUCUCCGGGUCGACGCGAACCACAACGUGACGCAGAUCAAGGUACCGUGCUACCACUUCCUGCACGGCGGCCACUACGAGCUGGCCGUGCUCGAGGAAAACGCCAGCCACCAGAUGGACGAACGGUUGCGGCAGCCGCUGAACGUUAGCUGGCCCCCGGUCCGGCUAGCGAUCGUGCCGAACCGUACCGAAACCUACCCCGAGCAGCAGAUCCAAGGACUGCUCGAGUUCCCCGGUGCGCACUGUCAACUCCCAGCGCACGGCGCGGACACGCUCGAUCUGCCCGAGCUUUGGCUGGAGCUGUUCUACUGUGGCAAAUCGGUCGAGUCCUGCACGGUGCACGGCAACGGCUCGCAACCCUUCUCCCGGGCGCAGGUCCUCUACACCGAGCAGGUGCGUGGGCUGCCGCGCUCCCGCACGCUCAACUUUCGGUGCGAUCUGUUCGGGCUGGCCGGAUUCUACGCGCUGCAUCUGAAACCACGGCCCGGUGAGCCGGUCGAUCCAACGAUGGCGUCACUGCUGCAGGCCCGCGCCCUACUGCAAACGGACUGGAGCAAGCAGUACGUCUUUACCGUGCACACGCGCAGCAUCUUCCCGUGCGAUCCGCACGGGCCCGGCAUACGGGUGCUGUUCCAGUAUCCGGCCUGCAUCCUGAACCAGGCCGACCGGGUCCGGGUGUACGCGAAGCUGCGGGCCGACGUACUGUCGCUGGCGCCACCGACCUCGCUGCACUACAUUGCCGAGCAGCGGGUUAGCAAGGGCCAGCACUCGCUGUACUUCGAGUGCGACCUGUUCUACGAGAAGUUCGUCGAGUACUGCUUCGUGUACGUCAGUCAGGCGAUAUCGGGCGCGGUCGCCGACAUCCGGAUGGACUGCGUACCGACGCUACCGGUCUCAGCAUCCGAUUCCGGCGGUUGGGGCCCGUGGAGCAACUGGACGCACUGUUCGACGACCUGCCGGGGUGGCAUUAGAAAUCGCUAUCGAUUUUGUGACUCGCCGCCACCCCGGUACGGUGCAAAGUUUUGCGAGGGUGCUUCGGUGCAGACGGAGCGCUGCGGGUUGGACACGGCCGGCGAUUCCUGGGAGUGUAUGUUCAGCCCGGCCAUCGGUGGCAUCAAUCUGCCGCUCGAGAUCGAAGACGUCAAUACGGAGAUUGGGCCCGGCUGCCGAUGUGGCUGCGUCAUCCAUCUGGGGAUGGUGAAGCCGAAGCGACUCCUCGGGUCCUCCUCGCACAGCUGUCCCGACCGGAGUCUUUGGCUCAUCAAGGGCGACGAAGGUUGUCGGGUGCGGAUGUCGAUCGAUUUCCAGAAGUUCCCGUGUGACGGUCAGUGGCUGAAGAUACGCGACGGGGAUUCGGUUGCCGACGAGCUGUUGCUGCAGUUCGGAGCGGAUCGGACGGCACCAGAAACGGCCAGCGCGAUCGCGGAAGCGACGGGAAAUAUGCUGCUGGUGGAGUUUUUCUCCCGCAAGAGCGAACAGUACGACGAAUCCUGCAAUGCAGGGUUUCUGGGCCAAGCCGAACAAAUCAAAUUAGAUCCUGCAGUGUCACUUCAUCCGACCGGUAACAGUACGACGAUCGCUAGCAAGGUGAUCAUGCCGAUCGUGGCCAGCCUGCAAAGCUACACCAGCUUCACGAUCGCCCACGUGUGUGCGAUCGCCUUCAUCUGCUUCAUCGUGUUCGUCAGCUUUCUACUCGUGGUGCAGUACAUCUUCCGCUAUAGGAAGUACGAGCUCGCCACCAGCCGGAUUGAGGCGGCCGACUCGCCCGCCCACACACUGUUCGGCUCGAACCAAUCGGUCGAUCAGUCCGGUGGCGGUCCAAUGCAGCCCCGAUCCCGGGCCGUCUCGACGACCACACUGAUCUCGGAGAUUGUAUCGUACGUGAAGUUGCGUCCCCGGGUGACGACCACCAUCCGGCACGAACGCUUCCGGGAAAGUGUGGAGUACGCACUGGAGUCUGCGAACAGUCUGUCGGAGACGGUCCGAUCGGACGGUAGUACCGAGAUCGUGCUAGAGCUGCAGGAUCGCAGCAUACCGACGGAUGGCGAGGAUCGUGAGCCACACGAUCGGGGAGAGGCGGGCGAUGAAGAGACGCCACUGCAAAGUCUAAACGAUCUCAACAAACCGAAGGGUGAAGAGACGGUUCCAUCGCUUGAGCGGCUGUCACCGGACAAGGAAGUGCAAGACACGGACGAUGAACGAUCGACAACGAUCAGUUCGGCUUACUCGUCGUUGAAUAGGGAAAACACGCCUCUGGUGGGUGGAAAGAGCAACAAAGCGCACAUCGAAAAGCUGAGAACUGGAGAUCAACUCGUAAAGAGUGCUACCUGCUUGAUGGCAACAUCCAGCACCAGUACGGCCACACUGACCAACGUCAGUCCCUCGGAUGCAGAAUGUUGCUCUCCUCCGCUUGACCCGAGUAUACGCAGCCCCCUGGCACGGCGCAACACUGGCACCUCUGUGCGGGCGCGCAACGCAAAGGAAAGCAAGGAAAAGCGCAACCUCCAGAAGUUGCUCGCCGGUUCGGACUACUCGCUCGGUGCACCGUCCGAGCAGGACAUGGAGCUAGAUUACUACGACUAUAAUGUGAUCAAUGCGGGUGCCGCUCCCGGUUCCUAUCUCGGCAUGGAUCCAGCCUUUCUCGUCUGGAUACCGCCGCUUGACGAUGGUUCGGAGAAUGAGGACCACAGACCCUCCGACGGUGAUGAUGAUGAUGAUGACGAGCUGACGGAGCUCGCCAACCGUGCCCGUGAGGAGCGCCUCGGUGGCACCGAGUCGCGCAGUGACAGCGUGACACCAAGCGAGGAACUCAUCCAUCAGCUGGCAGCGCAGAAGCGUAACGACUAUGUGAUCGUUUCGAGCAGUAUCUCCAAAAGCGACAUCUGCUCGGAAAGUGACGGUGGUGCGUCUACGGAUGGGAAGGCACCGGCGGAACGGCAAAAGCGCAGAAAGCUGCACGAGCUGAUACUGGUGCGGCGGAGUGGUGGUAGCGGAUCCGCCGGUGAUAACGGGUCGGGCUCGUCCGUCCGCAAAAGCUCGUCGGACGAGUCGACGGAGGAGCGGGAGAAGGAAACGUCCUUCACCAAGUCGCCGGUGGACAAUAAGCAGAUUAGCGAUUUCUAUGAAAUGGCCGACAUAGCCUUCGCGGACGAUGAGGCUGACGAAGAGGAGGAGGAGGAAGAAGAGGAGAAAAAUGGAGACGAAAUGCUGUCGGGAGGGUUCGAUGUCGAUCGUCCCAAGGGAGGAACCAUCCUUGUGUCGGCGAGUGCAGCAAAGCAGCAAGCAUCGUUGGGGACGGACGCCAACACCAACGGCAAGUAUCAAACCACCACAGGGGCAGCUAUUUUACUUGGAGAUGGUGAAAAGAUCGUACAGUAAUGGACAGUCGGAUGCCAACACGUUGGUUGCGAAGCUCUCCUCGCGUUUGUACAACUCCCAUACAGCAGUGAAACAAACCCCGUUUUCAACUUCAAACAUAUGAACACGCCGGAAUUGCAAAAGUACAACUAAUAACCUACGAUAUAUCUCUGGAACCCAUAUCCAACAGAACUAUAGUGAGACAUUGCCAUCAACCCGCUUCAAACAAAAAAAAACACGUUGUGUAUUCCCAUUCUAGUCAGACAAGUGCAACAGCCGAAGGAACCUUUUAGUUGUAAGGUAGGUUUUACACACAGCCUAUCAUUUCCCAGCUUGUUUAUAGACGAACAAACAUAGCAAGUUACUGUUCUCCCGGUGUAAGAACCUUCGGCUCUUUCCUUCCGUUAGUGGACACGCUCUGAAGGACCCGUAAGCGUGUAGUGUAGUAGCAACACAGUGCGUUUGUAUCGAGAGACUGAUGAAAGUGUAAAUAGGUAGAGUUAGUACUGCCUCUGCGGUCGUACGGAUCUGUCUGCUCCAGAGAAUCUGAAGCGCCAUCUUUGGAUUGUUUGGUGGUUUGCAUUACGCGCUAGCGAUGGCGCACUGUAAAAAAAGAGGUCAUCUUCAACUAGACUUUUUAGCGAUGGACAUAUUUAAGGGAAGCGUACCAUAACAGAGGAACUUAUUUAAUCAAAAGAAAUUAUUAAGGAAACCCCAAAAGAAGAACAAGGGUCAGAACCUUCUGCAAUCUCUUAAAGCUUACUUUCGAUGCGCUUAUUUGACACGUAUAUACGCUCUUAGAAUAUAGAUAGACACUUUCAUAUGUGUGCGCUAAGCUAUGAACGUUCCCCAUGUAUAGUGGGGAGGGUCGUCGCCGCCUCUUUUCCGUUGCUUUUCGUUGGACGUAGUGCAUUAUUUUAGUGGCUAAGUUUUAGAGAAACACUUCGUUUGGUAAGCGUAAGAACAUGAGGGGGAAAAAACUCAUAAUUACAAUGGAAAAUCAACACAAAACACACUUUGGGAAUCAAUCAAAAAUUGUGACACUUCUGUGUAACACGCGUAUAGAAUGUAUAUGUAUAUGGGACAGGAAAUUACACAUCCCCUAGCAAAAAGAAACCACGUUGCGUUAUUCGUUAUCCAAUGUGCAGCAGAAGCAGAAGAAGAACAAAAAAAAACACUAUUCGUUUGGCAAUUUUGUAUUGAAAGAUUAGAAAUAAAGAAGACAAAA